CCGCUGGCGCAGACUGGCCGAUAAUCGCCGAUCGCUGUUAUCGCGCGUCCGUGGCGCUGUCCGGAGUAGCUGCGAUCACUCACUCUAGUCACAGGACGCGCCGUAUGCGCCUGUACGUGCAUUCUUAAUAUUGUUCACAACUUCCAAAUUUCGAUACUACAUUUAUGUAAUAAAUAAAGCUCGUGCCUUAUUGAGAACUCAUUCAAAAUGUACCGCGAAAACUGCGGCUUGCUAAAUGAAGCUCUAAGCGAUCAGCUCAUGUUCGAGUAUUCACCAGCAGAGAGUCUCAUCAAUUUUGAGUUACCUUCGAACUUGAACUCUGAACUCAACGAUUGGCAACUUAAUGAUUUAGAUUUUCAUUGUGAUGCAUUUGUUCACGGAUUGAAUGAUUCUAACAGAGAGAACUCUAUAUUCGAAGACGGUUCGAAUAUACUUUUUGAUUUCGACGAUUUGGAUAAAAACAUAGAUUUAGACGAUUAUCUUCUAGAAGCAUUAACAAGUGAUAAAUCCAACGAUGUGCUACAAUCUAGCCCAAAUUCUACAGAUGUUGAUAGUGACACAGCGCUCGGUAGACUUUCUGUCCUUGGAAUUGAUCUGGAAUCAACCUAUGUACAAGACAAUCAGUACUCGUCUAACAAUAUAAAUAAAACUAAUGAUAGAGUGCGAAGUUUUAUACCAGAAACUAAAAUACAAACAUGGGGAGAGCCGGCGUUCUGUCCGGAACUUGGAGCGUUCCGAUGCCCGGUGGAAGACUGUGGAAAACUAUACGCAAAAGCGUCACAUGUUCGCGCGCAUUUGCGUCGUCAUAGUGGUGAGAAGCCCUACCGAUGCACAUGGGGUAGUUGCAGUUGGCGUUUCGCGCGGUCAGAUGAGUUGGCGCGCCACCGUCGAAGCCAUUCAGGCGAUAAGCCCUAUCGGUGCAGCGAAUGCGGCAAGAGAUUUGCACGUUCGGACCAUCUUGCCAAACAUGGACGUGUCCACGCUCGCCGCGCUGCCGCAGCCGCCGCGGCCGCCAAACGAGCUUCGAACCAUUCUUAUAAAACUAGAAGACUGAUGUGAAAUGUGAUUUAUAUAAUCUUUUAAAGUGUGUGAUGAAACUAUAAUCGCGCUGGCGCGUUUGGUUUUAUUGAUUAAGUACAAAUAAGGAUACAUACAAAAGAAUAUGUGGAAAAAAAUUGUGCAGUUAAAAACUUAAAAUUUGUUGUAGUUUUUACGAUAUUUUAUGCGAUUCUGAGUAAUAUUAACUCUAAUAUAUUUUUAUAACAUUUGUACGAAUUUUGUGUUAUUAUAUUAGUUAUAAUUAAGCUAGAUUAUAUUAGUGAAGUAAUCGUUUGAACUAGUAAAGUUUACUAAAGUAAUUUAUAUUUAAAAUAAUUAAGCCACUCUUAAUAUACGUUGACCGUAUGAAUCUCGACCUGCGCUAAGCAUAAUUUAUGAAAUCUUGUAUGAUUAAUAGACAAACUAGUUAGAUGUUCUUUUAACUUUAUUCUCGUUGUAAUAUCAUGUACUUUAUGUAUACUUGAAUAUAAUAACAAGAACUUACUGUUGUGUUACUUAGUCUUUAGAUAAGCUAGAAUAAUAAAAUAAUAAUUUACUUCCUCUACAAUGUGGCUACUUUUUAACAGGUCUUUAUAAACGACAUAUCUGUUGUCACAAUCCACACGAACUACACAAAACAUAAGUAAUAUUUAAAUAGUUAUAGUAUUCUUCUCACACAUUGGUUAAAAAAUUUAAUGAUUCACUGACAUUAGAGCACCGUGGUGGAGUAAGCUCCAAACCUUAUCGAAAGGUCUUUCCAGUACAGUUGGAAGUUUACUUAUUUAAUUGUAGACUCAGUCAUCCAGACCAAGUCAUCGUGUGAAAAAUUAAACUAGAUAAGUUCUUCUUGAUAAUUAAAUAAUAAUAUGUGCCUACAGCCUAUUCUAACCAAAGAAAAAGUAGACUAUUAAACAACUUUGACAUUGAAUGGUCGCGACAUCAUCGAAAUCUGAAUAAUCAAUGGUAUUAUCAGUAUGGGUUCGCGAAAAAAUUACUUUGAACUUCAGCGUAGUUGUUAUCGAAAGUUUGGAAGUAAAAUUAGAGUGCAUUUAAGUAGUUAGUGGGGUAGUGUUGUAUCAAAAAUAAAGAUAUAUUAAUCAAUUUAGCUGUUUGUACU